AUGUCUCCCGCACUCACAAUACCCUACGGCCGGCGCCUGAUCCCGCAGGUCCUGGACGACAUGGCCAGGACGUCGCCGGAAAAGGAGAUGCUCUCCGUGCCGCGCUCCGACGAUCCCAAGGACGGUUGGAAGAAGUUGAGCUUCGGACAGGUGGCGGCCGCGGUCGACCGCGUGGCCGGCUACCUGCUGGAGCAGAAGGAAGACAUCCUGGCGAGGUGUGCAAGCAGCGGAAGCAACGGCAACAUUCAGACCAACGGCCACGGCGACUCGAGGGAACAGAGCCAGUUCCCAACCCUCGCGUACCUCGGCCCAAGCGACGCCCGGUACGUCAUAUUCGCCGUGGCCUGCGUCAAGGCCGGCAUGAAGGCGCUCUUCAUCUCGCCGCGGAACCCCAAGGCGGCGCAGCUGAACCUCUUUGACAAGACCAACUGCAACGCCAUAUACUACGACCGGGUGUACGAGGACACGGUGCGGCUGUGGCUUCAGGAGCGCAGCACCAUGAAGGGCAUCAGGGUGCACUCGGCGCAGGAGUGGAUCGACGGCUGGGGCGAGGACGCGGGCAAGAGGCCGCCGCACGUUCCCUACACAAAGACGUUCAGCGAGGCAGAGUACGACACAUUCAUGGUCAUGCACACCAGCGGCAGCACCGGGUUCCCAAAGCCCGUCUUUGUGCGCGUGGGCAUGCUGGCCGUGUCCGACUCCUUCCACAACACGCCCGACUUCAUGGGGAGCCCGACCAUCUUCGGCACCAACAUGUCCGGCCGUCGACUCCUGAACCCGAUGCCGCUGUUCCACGCCGCCGGCCUGUACGUCACCAUGCUGCGGUCCAUCUACUUUGCCGCCCCCGUGGCGCUCGGCAUCACCUCGCGGCCCCUGACGCCGCAGUCCGUCGUCGAAGCCCUGGACAACCUCGACGUCGACAGGGCCAUCCUCCCGCCCGCCAUCCUCGACGAGAUCGCCUACAUCCCCGAGGCCGUCGCCGCGCUCAAGCGGCUCGACUAUGUCUUCUUUGGCGGCGGGCCCAUGAACCCCGAGGCCGGCAACAGGCUCUCGGUGCACGAGGGCAUCCGCCUGCUCAACAUGAUCGGCUACACCGAGGCGGCGCCGCUGUCCUACUACGUUCAGAGGGACCCCAAGCUCUGGGAGUGGUACAUUGUCGACUCGGAGGCCAUGGGCAAUAAGUGGGUCCCGCACGGCGACUCAACCGACGAGGGCGAGGUGUACGAGCACAUCAUCAAGCGCAAGAGCGAGAACGACCCUCCCGGGUCCCAGGGCAUCUUCUACACCUUCCCCGACCUGCAAGAGUACCCGACCAAGGACCUGUACAUCAAGCACCCGACGCUGCCGAACCACUGGAAGUACCACGGCCGCGCCGACGACAUCAUCGUCUUCUCCAACGGCGAGAAGCUCAACCCCGUGUCCAUCGAGGCCACCGUCGCCAGGCACCCGGACCUCAAGGCCGCCCUGGUCGUCGGCGCCGGGAGGUUCCAGCCCGCCAUGAUCGUCGAGCCCAUGACGCCUGAGCUGUCGCCAAAGAACGACGACGAAGCCGACGCCUUCGUCGAGCGCAUCUGGCCGCUGGUGGAGGAGGCGAACCGCGCCUCCGUCGCCCACGGCCGCAUCGCCAAGGAGCUGAUCAUGGUCGCGAGCCCGCACAAGCCCUUCCCCCGCGCCGGCAAGGGCACCGUGCAGCGGCCCGCCGCCGUCAAGCUCUACAAGCUCGAGACGGACGCGCUCUACGAAAAGGCCGGCAUGGAGGCGGACGGCGCGGCCGACUCCAUCCCCAUCGACGUCUCGUCUAAGCCCAAGCUGGCCGAGUCCAUCCGGGACCUGUUCGAGCAGCUGGGCGAGAUGAACAACAAGGGCAAGAAGCUCCCGCUGGACGCCGACUUCUUCACGGCGGGCGCCGACUCCCUGCAGGUCCUGAACGCCGUGCGCAUGAUCCGCCGCGGCCUCGAGGCCGCCGGACUGCCCAAGCCGUCCCCGUCGGUUCUCGCGCCGCGCUUCAUCUACGCCCACCCGACCGCGGAGAAGCUGGCAUCGUAUCUCAUGGACUCGGUGAUCCACGCGGGGCAAAACGGCCACGCAAACGGCGGCAGCAGCAGCAGCAGCAGCGGUCCGUCCCACGACGUCCAGGUCAUGAAGGCGCAGUUUGAAAAGUACACCAGGGGCCUGCGGACCGACCCGGCGCCGCAGAAGAACAAGCCCGCGCCGUCCACGACCGACCAGACCGUCAUCCUCACGGGCUCGACGGGCGCGCUGGGGUCCUACAUGCUGGACAUGCUGCAGUCGACGCCGUCGGUGCGCAAGAUCAUCUGCCUGAACCGGGGCGACGACAGCGGCGCCCGGCAGGAGAAGGCCAACGCCGAGCGCGGGCUGGCGACAUCGUUCCCCAAGGUCGAGUUCUACAACGCGGACCUGUCGCGUCCAGACCUGGGGCUGGACGCAGCCGUGUACGACCGGCUGCUGCUUGAGGCGGACCGCAUCGUGCACAACGCGUGGCCCGUCAACUUCAACAUGUCGGUCGAGACGUUCGAGCCGCACGUGGCGUCUGCGCGCAACUUUGUCGACCUGGCGCUCAAGGCGGCCAAGAACGUCCAUGUGGUCUUUAUCAGCUCCAUCGGCACGGCCGACGGGUGGACGGGCCCCGAGGCGUUCCCGGAGCGCCGCGUCGACGACCUGACGCUACCCUCGACGGGCUACGGGCGCUCCAAGCUGGUCAGCUCGCUGAUCCUCGACGAGGCCCGCGACCGCAGCGGCGUGUCGACGGCCGUCGUGCGCGUGGGCCAGAUCGCCGGCCCGAGGGCGGAGAAGGGUGUGUGGAACAGGCAGGAGUGGCUGCCGUCCAUUGUGGCCAGCUCGCUCGCCCUCGGUGCGCUGCCCGAGAGUCUGGGCCCCAUGGACGAUGUCGAGUGGACCCCCACCGAGGACAUGGCCAAGUUGAUCCUCGAGGUGGCUGCUGUUUUGCCCAACCGCAAGGACUGGAACCAGGACAAUACGGGAUACUUCCACGGCGUCAACCCGCGCAGCAGCAAGUGGAGCGAGCUGGCACCGCACGUCCGCGAAUUUUAUGGUAGUCGGAUCAAGGAGAUCGUGCCCAUAGAGAAGUGGGUCGAGCUGUUGGAGAAGAGCGCCAGCGACACCAAGAAUGUCGAAAAGAACCCGGGAGUCAAGCUGUUGGAUUUCUACCAGGGCCUGCUCCAAGGCAAGAGUGUCAAGUUUAACAUGAAGCGCACUUGCGAGCUCAGCCCGACCAUGGCUUCGCUGGAAGCCGUAACUCCAGAUUUGAUGAAGAACUGGUGCAGGCAAUGGGGCUUUUAG